AUGAUUAUAUCCUUGUUUAUAUAUUGUUUAGCCUUUAUUAAUGCACAAGAUUUACAGCUUUUGGGCGAUUUCAAAUUUGAAUUAUCUGAAAAUUGGAGAAAUGAUUGUGCUAAAAUGGCAUUGGAACCAAUAAUCAAUCAGUGUGCCGAAGGAAUUGAGACGAUUUCACCUAUUCAACAAAAACUGAUUGCGAUACAAUUGUCGAUUUGUGAAUUUGAGAAUGCUGAAAUCUCCUAUCCCAGUGAAUGUAAAUCUCAUAAUUUUGACACUUGUAUCUUGUUGUUGGAAAAAUCGCCUCAAUACUGGACAACGUUUAGCGGUUACUACAGGGAAAUAAGAAACAUAUGUCAUCAGAUUAGUUUGCCAUUUGCAAAAGAUCAGAUUCUACAAGUUUAUGAGAAUGUUACUGAGUUUUACAGAACACUAAUGGAAGAGAUUACUAAUUCUAACAAAUACACAGAGAAAAUGCAAAAUGAACUCAAAACUAAAUUUGAUAAGUUGAUAAGUGUUAUUGAUCUUAUACUAGCAGAUAGGGAGAAGAAUAGAGAAGAUCUUAAAAGUUCAUUCAACAUGUUCAAGAAUAAUUUUGAAAAAUCAUUAAAUAAUGCAUUGGUGGUGAUGAAACAUUCUUACGAAGAUACAAAUUCAAAUAUUGAAGAGUUGGAACGCCAUUUGAAUUAUUUCCUCAAUGAUAUGCUGCAGGUUUAUGUUCUUAUUAACGAGAAGACUUUGGAAGUAUUGUCACAACAAGAUGAGAUUAGAGGAAACUAUGACGGAAUUCUAGAACAAAUGGAGAAUAUCAGAAAGAAAAUUGUUGAGAUGCAUGAAGGAACACUGGAAGUACAAAUCACUAAUAAUCGAUUGGUUAAUGAUGUGCAAAACAAUUUUGAAUACAGUCUUUUCACUGUGUCUAAAUUAAAUUCAUAUCUUCAACUUAGUAUCAAUGAUUUCAUAGAGCAAAAUGAGGAUAUUCGUAACCAGGCUCGUGUUAUAUUUGAGGAAGUAUUUGGACUAUUUAGAAGUCAUUUGAAUGAAUCGGGUCAAAUGGCCAUGAAUCACGUUGAAUCGGCUUUGAGUUCAUCUUUGAAUAGACUCCAACAGAAAAUGAACCAAACUGAAGAUUCUAUUGAAAAACUCCAUUCCAAGGUGUCAACACUUUUUCAUUUUGCUGAAUCAACGAAAGAAAUUGCUUCAAGUAUUCUUAAUGUACCAAAUUAUGUGAGAACUUCAGUGAAUCAUAGGAUAAAGCAAGUAAAGGAUUUUGGGAAUGCUAUUGUAAUGGGUGGUGUUUUCAUUUCUGUAGUAGCAAUUCUAUUUGUUUUAUCAUUAUUAAAAACACAGUUCACGAAAAUGCUUCGUUUUGCCUUUAUUUGUUUUCCUAUGAUAACGGGAAUUGCAUUGGCUUUAUUCAUCUUAAAGUUCUUGACUAUACCUAUGGAAGUGGUGGAUAUAGAUUGA